AUGGAAGAAAUACCACUGCCGCCGCCACCGCAUGAGGCCCACAUGUAUGAUUUUCGAUCGGAUACCUGCACGAUCCCAACCCAUUCUAUGCUCGAAUCAAUCCAAUCCGCCAGCCUCGGCGACGACGUCCUGAAAGAGGACAAAACCACCAACGAGUUCCAGUCCUGGAUGGCCUCCCUCACCGGAAAAGACGCCGCCCUCUUCUGCCCCUCCGGCACAAUGGGCAACAAAGCCGCGCUGACCGUCGCCCUCCCUUCCCCCCCCUGCUCCGUCAUCGCCGACCCCCGCAGCUUCAUCAUCUCCACCGAGUCCGACGGCGCGCUGUGCGGCACCACCAUCGUCUCCAUCAAGCCGCGGAACAACCACCACCUGGUACUAGAGGAUAUAUGCGACUACAAAACCACCGAGGCGUACGACAACACGCGCCCGCCGCCGGCUCGGCUGCUCUGCCUCGAGAUCACGCUCCAGGGCACCGUGAUGCCGCUCGCGGACCUCCGCGCGCUGUGCUUCUGGGCGCGCGCCCAGGACCCCCGGAUCCACGUGCACGUCGACGGCGCGCGCCUGUGGGAGGCCGUCGCCUCGGGGGCCGGCACGCUCCACGAGUACUGCAGCGCCGCGGACAGCGUCUCGCUGGUCCUGUCCAAGGGCCUCGGCGCGCCCGCCGGCGCCGUGCUAGUCGGCAGCGCCGAGUUCGUCGCCAAAGCCCGCAUCUGCCGGAACAUCUCGGGCGGCGCCGUGCGCGCGGCGGGGAUCCUGGCCGCGCCCGCCAUGGCGGCCGUGCAGGAGACGUUUCUCUGCGGCCAGCUGAAGCUCGCGCAGCAGAACGCGGCGUACCUCUCGCGCACCUGGGCGUUUCACGGCGGCCAGCUCGUGUUCCCGACCGAGACGAACAUGGUGUGGCUGAAGCUGACACAAGAACAGAAGGGGAGGUUUGUGGAGCUGACCAAGGCGUAUGGGAUCAAGGUGCUGGAGAAGGGGCUGGGCAGGGUGGUGGUGCACUAUCAGAUUUGCGAGGACGCGGUCGAUCGCAUGUGUCGCGUCAUGGAGAUGCUGCUGAUCAACCGGACGCCGGGGGGUCUUGCGGAUUGA